AUGUCGGGUUCUGCUGCUUCCAACAACGAUGAGCUGAUCAAUCCGCAACGACAGACCAGUCUUGCCGAUUGCCUCCGAUCGGUCCAUCCCGUGUCCACGGCCACCAGCACGACUACUUUUUGGAGGGCGGCCUUUACCAAUGUAUCGUGUGCCGAAUAUUGGUACCGAUACAGCUCUACUACUACGGGCGAAACGAAAAAUCCCGACCACAACAAUGUGUGCCGCGCCGUGGCCUAUUUUGGAAGUUGUGCCGUGUUUCAAUGGGCCCGCGAAAAGGGCUUUCCAUGGGAUCGAGCCACCUUUGUGUGGGCGGCGCGCAGUGGAAAUAUGGAGAUUCUCAAGUUUGCCCAUGCCAAUGGUUGUCCCUGGAAUGAAAAUGCCUGCAACAGUGCUGCCUGGUAUGGACAUUUGGAUGCCCUGAAAUGGCUGCGACAGCAAGGCUGUCCAUGGGGUGUCUGGACAUGUGCCUUUGCAGCAGAAGGUGGCAACUUGCACGUGCUGAAAUGGGCGCAUGCCAAUGGCUGUCCAUGGAACCAAUUAACUUGUGCCCUGGCAGCUCUGUUUGGACACUUGGAGCUGUUGCAAUGGGCUCGUGCCAAUGGAUGUGACUGGAACUCCAUGACAUGUACGGCAGCGGCUACCGGUGGUCACUUGCAUGUUUUGAAAUGGGCCAGGGACAAUGGAUGUCCAUGGGGGGCCAUUACCUGUGCCAUGGCGGCGGAAUGCAAUCACAUGGAGGUUCUACAGUGGGCUAGAGACCAUGGCUGUCCCUGGGAUUCGGCAACGUGUUCCAAAGCUGCUUCCAAUGGUCACUUGAGGGUGUUGCAAUGGGCGCGAGAAAAUGGAUGUGUAUGGAAUAAGGAAACAUGUGCCCGUGCAGCAGAAAGGGGACACUUUGAAAUACUACAAUGGGCCCAUGAACAUGGCUGUCCUUGGGAUGCAACUACAUGCUCCAGUGCUGCUAAAGGGGGCCACUUGGUGAUCUUAAAAUGGGCUCAUGAACAGGGGUGCCCAUGGGAUGAGCGGACUUGUGAAAAUGCUGCCAAAGCAGGCCAUCUGGAGGUUCUGAAAUGGGCACGCUCCAAGCAAUGUCCGUGGGAUGAAACAACCAGUAAUGCAGCAGAAGAGAAUGGACACAGCCAUGUUCUAGAAUGGGCUCUUGACAAUGGCUGCUUGAUAACUAUAUAG